AAAUAAACACUUCCAUUGAAACAAAAGAAAAAGUACAUGGAGAGACUGUGUACUGUCUCGCUACACACAAAGGGAAUUGGGAAUCCAUACAAUCAAUCAAUCUCAUUCAUAAAACAAAAAAAAUAAGAAGAUGGCAAGAUACAAAUAGAAUCUAGGAUCCAAGGUGAAUGUAGGAUGGUGGCUCGAGGAACAUAAAGCGUCAGAUGUUUCCAUCACACACAAGCUUUGGCUCGCCAUUAUUGUCAAAAACAAGUCCAUCCACUAGAGGGGUCUUUUUCUUUGAGUUGACAUCUUGGACUUCUUUACUGAAUAUGCUUUCUCAAUCUGUUGGGGGCUGGGAGAGACCUGUUCAUGCUCAAUAAUAUCAAAAAUCAAAGGGUCACAUAACACCCCGAUAAGGUGGGGUUCCAAGUAGUCACUUGUAGCUUCAUUGGGAGGGGCAGUAGUGGCAUAAUCAUCUAAUUUAUCCACAUUUAAGAGACUCUCAUUUAAAGGGACAAUAUUUUUUGUAGUAGGGACAAUAGUUUUUGAGGCAUUCUCAUUCACUACAUCACAUCAGUAACAUUCGCUGCACUCUUCAUCAUACCAGUUUAAAUCUCAAUAAUAGAAUGGCCAUUUCAUUGUUCUCAAUAAUUGAAGGGAAAUCAAGAGGAUUACAAAUAAUACUCCCAAAUGGGAUGAGUCCCACCUUGCUGGGAAUCGAGGUGUUCGGGGGAAAACACACCAAGUCCAAAGUGGGGGGAGGGUCCUGUUUGUUGGUGGGCUCAUUGCAGGCUUCCUUGCCAUUUCCAUUUGCAGAGAUAAGAACCGUAGGGGCAUCAUUAGUGACAAUAGCAUAUGGAGCUAAGGGAGCAAAAGUAGUUGAUUUAGUGACCAAAGAAGCAAUCUAGUUCAAAGAAGCUUCUUUACCUUCCCUCCCAAUCCAUCUUGAGGAUGUUUUUUUUUUGCAAUUUUUGUGGCCAAUCCUCGCUGUAGAUUGGUUGAAGGAAAGACAAACUACCUAGGUGUAAUCAAACAGUGUUGGAAAGUUCAUUGGAAAGAUCUACCUUAACAAAAACUCUAGCCACAGCCGGGAAAGUUAGUUGGGCAGUAGCUUUGUCUAAUAUGAGGGGAAGUCGAAUUAAAUUGGCUAUAUAGUAGGGAGCUGGAGGAGCAAAAAGGUGGAUAGGAAGGCCUUCCAGCCCUAUCCAAAUGGUGGAAGGGGGGAUUCAACGCAGGGAUCAAAAUCAUGGGUUAGCCUACCAUCGUCAAAGAACAAUAAACAAUCUCCAAUUUGCCAUCAAUAGAGGGUUAAAAUUCUUGUCACCAAUGGAAUAAAUUAAGCUUAUAGCCGUCUAUCUUCCAUGUUAUUCAAAGCCAUGAAAACAAGAAACAUAAAUAAGAAUGACACUCACUUAUAAAUUACAACUAUACAUUGUCCAUAUCUAAUACAAGUAGCAAAUACCUCAAAAUUUGAGCUGUUCCAAAAAGAGCGAUUAAGCAGUAAGAACCUGCGUUGGAAGCUUAGCAAAAAUUCGAGCUUCUUUGUUUGCAGUCAGCAACAAACUAUAGAAUCUGAUUUGGCUAAGCAUGUCACUCCUAAUACCUCAAAAUUGGGCUUCAAUUUGGACAAAAACCAGACGGAAUUGCUCCUGCGAAGUUUAAAGAUGAACAAUGACUUCGUGGUUCUCAAUCUUCAAUUGACCAUAUUUUAGCUCCAAAUUCUUAGCGGAAUACUAAGAUUCUAAAAGAGCAGCUGAUGUCGAUCUAAAAGAAACAAAAAUCAUAAAAAACAAUCCACAACUUCAAGAGGAAUGGCAAAUCCAAUGGUCAGGAUCUAGGGUUACGCA